CUGCUACCCAUUUUAGUUAACAUAGGGUUCCAAAACAAAUAAACAACAGAAUGCCUCCAUAUGAAAUGGCUUUAGUUUUAAGAAAUGCAGCUAAUAUGAAAUUGCUGAAGGAGAGUUUGAAGGGUGCCUGCAAACAAAUAUGGGAACAAGGAGGUCUAAUAAAGAAAGUUGAGAAUCUAGGGAAGAGAGAAUUGCCCCACCCCACCAAGUCACAUCGUAACAGACUCACGCAUGGACACUACUUCUGUAUUCAGUUUGACAAUUCAGUGGAUGGCAUGAGACAAGUGGAGCAUAAACUCAGGAACGCUGAUGAAGUAGUCAAGUUUGGCAUAAUUGGACGGCGGGAAGAGAAUCAGAGACCAUGUCAGAUAGGCCAGUGCUUGUUUGGUGAACUUCCCCAUCCAGAACAUGAACGACAUGCUUAUAAGAAACGUGUACUUAAGAAAUUUAAGGCAAAACUUGUGUAAACAGUUGCUUUAGUAAACAUUUUGUGGUUUCAAUUUUUUGUUAUAUUAUUUGUGUUCUUCAAUUAGUCGAUUUUUAAUAAAUGUACAUUGGAAUUGAUAA